UGCCGCUAACCCCUGACGUGACCCUGCAGGAUUGCAAACAUGGCGGAGCCCUCCCUCGGGAAUUCGAGCCCAGGAGGUUCAGCAGGUUCCGAUGACCGUGAUUUUGACCCAUCAGCAGACAUGCUUGUCCAUGACUUUGAUGAUGAACGCACCCUAGAGGAAGAAGAAAUGUUGGAAGCAGCGGAUGAGACCAACGCCAACGAGAUUGAGGAUCUCGCACGGGAGGGAGAGAUGCCCAUUCAUGAGCUGCUGAGUCUGUAUGGUUAUGGAGGCGGUUCACCAGCAGAUGAAGAUGAAGAGGAGGAAGAAGAACCCGAGGAAGAAGAGGAUGAUGAGGAAGAAGAUGAAGAAGAGGACUUAGAUAAUGAUGAAAGCAGUAGAAGCACUGGCGAGUUAAAAAGAAAUGAGGUUGAGGUUAAAGUCUCAUCAUCACAGGGGGAUGAGGCUCAGGUGAUGUCUGAGGUCCGCACGCGCUCAGUCAGGUCCCUCGGCACAGCAGAACUCAUUCGCCCCCAGAAACUAAAGUACUUUGAAAGUAAUAAUGAUGCAGAGGAGGAGUCAGAUGAAGAUGAGGACUAUGUCCCAUCUGAAGACUGGAAAAAGGAAAUCAUGGUUGGUUCCAUGUAUCAGGCAGAAACUCCUGUUGGCCUGUGUAAAUAUAAAGACAAUGAAAAAGUUUAUGAAAAUGAUGACCAGUUGUUGUGGAACCCAGAGUGUCUUCCUGAAGGCAAAGUGGUGGAGUUCUUGACAGAGGCGUCCAGGCGGACGGGAGAGGAGAAGGGUGUGGAUGCAAUCCCAGAGGGAUCCCAUAUCAAAGAUAAUGAACAGGCAUUAUAUGAACUAGUGAAAUGUGACUUUGAUACUGAAGAAGCUUUAAGAAGACUAAGGUUUAAUGUAAAAGCAGCCAGAGAGGAGCUCUCUGUCUGGACUGAAGAGGAAUGUAGAAAUUUUGAACAAGGACUAAAAGCUUAUGGGAAAGACUUUCAUUUUAUACAGGCCAACAAGGUGAGAACUAGGUCUGUAGGAGAAUGUGUGGCCUUUUAUUACAUGUGGAAGAAGUCUGAGCGUUAUGAUUUCUUUGCACAGCAAACCAGACUUGGGAAAAGGAAAUACAACCUUCACCCUGGUGUCACAGACUACAUGGACAGAUUACUGGACGAAACGGAGAGUGCGGCGUCCAGCAGGGCAACAUCACCUCCUCCCACGACGUCCAGCAGCAGCGCCAGCCACUCAGAGAGGGAAGACAGCAGCAGUCAGAACGGUAUUGCAAGCCACAAUUCCAGCCACCCAGUGGAUAGCACUCAGUUGCCCCCAGCAAAUCAAGUCAAACCUGAGCCAGUUCAGUCCAACGGUCCCUCCCAUCCCUUAGUGGAAGCUCCUCCUCCCAUUUCAGACAGCAACUCCAACGGCUGCAACCAGCCCACUGCGCCCAGCCACGACCAAAACGGUUCUCUGGAGCCUCCGCUGGACCACAGAGACACGGCAACAGCACAUGAAAGGCCGGCCAAGAGAUGCAGGACGGAGGCCGAGCCGUUGGGCCAAAGUGAAGUGGAACCAUCCAGAACACAGGAGAACUGAGGGAUACAGAGUUCAGUGAUGUAGACUAUUCUUAGACACUGAAUUAGGGCGAAAUUGUCCCUACUUCUCCGUGUACGGGCAGACGUAAGGGGUGACGAGGUGAGGAAAGAGCCCCUCUUGCCCCGUGAGCACAGAAUCUCCUGAGAGCAAAGACUCUUUGAUAAGGUCACUGAAAAUCACACCAUGAAGAACACAGCCAACCAAACUGUAGACGGUCCUCCAGGAGGGGCAGUGGCCGCCCCGUCCCCCGUCCCUCCAACCCAUCCAUGUACUGACUGCCUGCAGAGCUCAUCCCAAAGUACCACAGCUCCAUCAUGUCCUACGAAACACCUUCUACCCAUCGUCUUUAUUCCCUUUUUUGGAGACUGACUGACAAAAAUUUUGCCAAGAAUUUCCUUUUUUCUAUUUGUACUAAAAGAAAUCACCUGUGAUAUUUUUUUACACAAGAGAUAUUUAUAUUUUUUAACAAAAGAAAACUAAGAUAGGUGACUGCUGUUAAAGCAUUUUGAACAUUUGAUGAAACGGGGGACAUGUUUUUAACGAUGAUGUGCUUAAGUUGUCAAAAAGAGGCAAAGUAGGCAAACACAAGACGAGUCAUGCUGCGUUCACAUGGACUUGGGGAGACGGUAGAAGACAAAUGGAUAUCAUUUCAAGAGUAGGACAGUAAAUUACCCGUAGAUGGCACCGCCGUUCAAGGUUAAAAUAUUUAACUUUUUGUCAUUCUCACGAUGGAAUUUACAACCAGAUGUUAGUGAGUUUCUUCACACAAGGACAAGCUGUGGGAGAUGUUGACAUUUUAUGGAAACUAACAGAAAAAUGACAUAAAAUUUUAAACACAAAAUAAUUUUAUUUAAUAUUUUAUUUCACUCUUUGUAAACAUUACCAUUGCAACAUAUGUGUAGGGAGGGGAAUCCAAAUUGUCUGAUAUCUUUGAAUUCAAACAAACAAUGACGUCACACUCGUGCGUCUGUGCUGCUGGAAACGAGGAGUUGGGGCAGAGAGAGGGCGAAACUGCCCAAAGUUGGCUUCAUUUCACAAAGAUGACAAAAGUGAUUUUUUGAAAUUUUUCAAAAAUUAUCAAUUCACGUCAGGCUGGAAACACCAGCAGUAUGCCAAAAGAUUUUUCUGUGCAACAUGGGCUUAAAUUCCAGGAAUGCCAUGUAUUUGACACACUGCCUGCGUGAGCGCCGUGUGUGUCGCAGAACCUCUUUGUUGUUGUUUUUCAGUGUCUGUGUUAACAGGUUAGAGCAGCCACGCUGCCGGCGUUCGCGGCUCUGCUCAGGCGUGGCUCACGUAGUGAUUCGGAGUCUUACCUUUUUGUUUUUCAUCAUGACAUGCAAAGUUUUAUGCAAAAAUAGACUAAAAUGUUUUUUUUAAUAAUCAUAUUGACAUUAAACCACCUCUCACUCCAGUCUCAACAUCUUCAUCGCACAGACAAGAAGAAAUACAUUUUACACGCUUUUGAUUUAGGAAAAACAGUACGCAUACCCGCAGGCAGCUCUAAAGUAGUGCCCCAGCUGCAAUGCUGUCUGUGAGAACACCACACGUGUUAAACUGUGGCAGUUUAGUGAGCUCGCCGUCACGCGCUGCUCUUGCAGUGUGGCCGAGGCGAAAGCACGAGUGCCAGUGUUUUCCCACAGAGCAGCAUGUCCUUUUUUGACAGUAAAUAUCCUGUUAUAAUUACAUUAUCCCAAGCAGACUGACUCGGCUGAUACUAAGGAAUCAAUAACAGAAUGGAUAAAAAAUCAAACCUAUAAGCAGCAUUGAUAAUAGCAUCACUAUCAGUAAAUCUUAUCCAUUCCUGUCCCUGGACAUGCAUGUGUUACCAUCCUGCCAUCUGUCUGUUUUUUGCUAUCCAGAAGCUGUUGUGUGUCUGUGUCUGCUGUCCGCCCGAUUCCACGUGAACGCAGCGUCGGGCUGGUGCUGUCGCUCUGUAGAUGCACUUUGAUUGUAUGUUCCUCGUCUCUAUUGAUAGGGAGCGGUGUUGAAACCCAGCAGAAAUACAUUUUCACUCCUCUUCUGAACCCGGCCUCUAUCAUGGCUGUUUGACUCUGAUAAAUAAACCAGUGGGUUAGUCCCCCCGUGGGUUUGUUUGUGUAAAGCAGCUGACAUCAGUGAUGUCCUGUAUUAUAACUCAUCAUGUAGAAGAUCGCUGUAUUUUUGGAUUUUCAUAGUCAGUGCUUUGCUCAACGCUUUGUUUUUACUAGACAGAAUGUCCGUGAUUUUUAAUGUAAAGUUUGUAUAGAUUUCUUAUCUCGAGCAGUUGGUACAUUUUUUAUAACUGUCUGUUCAUCUCCGUUUGUUCGGUCUUCCUCGUUGGCUUCGCUUUUUGUUGAGAAAUCUUGUGUUGCUCUGAGAUGGAUGUAAUUUAAAAAAAAAGUAGCCAUUCCUUUUUCCCUCUCUGUUUGGCAGCACUUUCCAUUCCUGUGUGACCUUGCACAAUCUGAAAUGUUUGUUGCAUCUUCUGUGCAUAGAAAAAGCCCCUGGUUGUGGUUGAGUGUGCUGCUUGCCUUUGUUUUAAAGCCUCUGCUUCUCCACAGUGCUCAGUUUGAACCAGUAUUCCCUGUGUUUCCUCAGUAAGUGGAUUUCCAGCAGUGAAACAGCCCAGGUGGACAUGACAGUGUGACUUGGAAGACCCUUGUUUGUUUUGGUACCGUAGCUGUUCAGCUUGAUGCUUACCUGUUUUACUUUGUACUCCAGCUUUGAACUUACAUUCACAAAUUAAGAUAAGUUUGUCUCAAAUAAUGUUGAUCCAUGUAGUCUUUGCUUUCCCUUUGUUGACAAUGAUGUCUUGUUUUGCUUUUUUUUUUUUUCUCUGUAAAUGACGACAUGAAUAAAAACGAAGUGUAUUCCAAGACUGGCUAUGAAUGGAAUAACAUUGGCUAUAUUUAAUAAAUGUAUUAAUGAGUA